UUCAUCGCAGCAGUAUUUAUAUAUCGUUGUACAGUACGUUUAGUAUUUGUACCCGUUUGAAUAAUCAGUUUAGUGGUGAGGGCGCCACAUGUUUAAUUCCCGCGUUUCAUAGCGUACCCUUUGUAUGUAAAGCCUGUUUUGCUUCAUGCGUUCACUACUGUCGGUGUAACCGCUACUGUGUGUCCCAUCGAGUGUCGGCAUGCCAAAAUGUAAGUUUAUUUAGUUCUAACGUUCUACUGCAGUGUUAUCACAACUUCAGAAAGCAUGUGUCAUAUUCAUAGUGUUGACGUAGGUGCAGAAUAGGUGUACGUUCAAUCUGAUUGCUAAAUUACAUUCAAUUGGAGUUUAUAUUAUAUUUGCGCAGGUUUCUAAGAGAACAAUGUUUACAUAGGGUACAGCUGUAGUAUGUAGUAAGAACGUAUUCUCUGUAUUUUCAUUUUUAGUUUUUCACUGAAUAAACUACUGAAAACGAGACCUCCUACCUUUUUUCUCUAUCUGAUGACAGUAAAGUGAAAAAAUUGGCCAUUUAAAGAUGUCGGCCACAGACGAGGACACUACUACAGUAGAGUACACCAUGCCGUCCGUGGAACGCCCUGCACCAGAGCCCAGUAUUAAACAACAGCAACGUAGGGUCAGAAGCUCAGCAUCGUUAAGCUCGUAUUGUUCUCAGACUACGCUAGCGGACAGAAAGAGAGCAAAAGCUGAAGCAGCAAAGGCACGGGUGACAUUUGCCAUAAAGGAGGCCAAGUUAAAAAAACGAAAAGCUGCUCUUGAAGCCGACCUCGAGGCUUUAGGAGCCCAGAAAGAUUUGGCAGCCGCUGAGGUGGAAGCAGAUGCACUUGAUAUGGCAUCGGAUCGACAGGAGAAAUCUGAAAUAUCAAAGGAAGCAGUAGACUCUCUACCCAACGAAUUUGCUGAUGUAAGAACUACAAAUUACGUUGCUAGUCUACCGCUGGACCCAACAGUGCCCCCGUACAUACCUCCACAACAUGAACAAAUGCCCGCUAUGGCAAAGAAAGAGUGGGUACUUGCGUCGGAUUUUACCAGCUUCCUGUUAAAAAAAGAAUUACUUAUCACAAGCCUAAUAAAAUUCAAUGAUGAGCCGCAGUCCUACAACACAUGGAAAAUGAGCUUUCAGUCAAGGAUGAGAGAGCUGGACGUCAAACCCUUAGAGGAAUUGGAUCUUCUGCAGAAAUGGGCAGGACCUGAGUCCCAGGGACAGGUUAGAAGCCUGAAGGAUGCAAAUAUGCAUAAUCCACAGCGAGGUUUACAAAGAGUUUGGGAGCGGCUAGACGAACGCUAUGGUGCUCCAGAGAUGAUCGAGUCCUCGCUACGACGAAAGUUAGACAGCUUUCCAAAGUUGACCAUCAAAGAACCAAAGAAGCUUUAUGAGCUCUCAGACAUCGUCUCAGAAAUUGAAUCCAUCAAAGAAGAUCCACGGUAUCAGUCACUACUAGGCUAUUUUGAUUCAUCAUCUGGUGUUACACCCAUUGCAAACAAGCUACCUUACAACAUGCAGGAAAAAUGGACUACAAGCGCAGUUAGAUACAUUGAGCGAAACCAAGUAAUCUAUCCUCCCUUCAGUCACUUUGCCCAGUUUCUCCGGGAACAAAGCAAGAUCCGCAAUAAUCCGAGCUUUACAUAUGCUGGCGCUAAGCCAUCCGGGGAAAUUUCCAAGCAACACGGAGAAGUCCACCUGAAAUUAGUGCUAGGAAGACUAAUGUGGACCAAGACCUCGCCACCUCAUUCAGUCGAGAUGCCAAUCUAUGUCCCCUACACAACACUAGACACUCGCUGGACCAGUGCAGGAAGUUCCGGGAUAAACCUAUCGACAUCAGUCAUCAAGUGUGAGGAAUGUGGCAGGGACAAACAUUCAACAGCUCUACACUUCGACUACAACGAGAUUAAGCAACCAUUUAGCAGUUCGCUCGAACAAGAUACACAAAUACUGUUGCUCAUAGGAAGAGACCUGACAGAAGCUCAUCAUGUUCUGGAUCAAAGAAUAGGGCCUAAAGGGUCGCCGUAUGCCCAGAGGUUGAGUCUUGGAUGGGUGAUCGUUGGAGAGACAUGCCUCGGUAGAGUUCACCGUCCCUUCCCAGACAAAGUGCAUUCCUACAAGACCCACUUGUUAUUGGGAGAAGAUGUACCACCGCUGGAGGAAAACUUUGACGUUGUUAAUCCUGAUACUGACAAGGAAGUGCGACCAGAUGUUGAAGUAUACAAAUCGCAAUUGGACGACCACGUUGCAACUACACUUGACAUGGGUAGGGCAGAGCGAUUUUCGAGUAUGAAAAAUCUGGUGACAGCAAUUGCCUACCUUCGGCACAUUGCAGCAGGAUUUAGGUUGGACAAAAAAAAGAACUUGUACCAAGCUCAAUACAAGCGAGUACAGUUGUUAGCAGACCUGUUUUGGAAGCGUUGGAGGUGUGAGUUUCUGCACACAUUGCAAGGUCGUCGGAAAUGGACAGAAGACCAGCGAAAUAUGAAGCCAGGAGAUAUUGUCCUCCUGAAAGACAAGGACGUCAUUAGGAAUUCGUGGCCCACUGGUGUGCUAGUUCGAGUGCUGCCCAGCGCGGAUGAGAAAGUCCGCUCCGCAGAGGUUCGGAUCAUCGCAGAGAGUGGGAGACCUACUGUGUACACCCGACCCAUUACGGAACUGGUGUUGCUCGUGCCCAGUGAUUCAGUUUGA